CAGAGGCAGCAGCUGCUCUGCUCAGACCUUUCCCAGCCUCACCAUGAGGGAGUGCAUCUCCAUCCACAUCGGGCAGGCCGGGGUGCAGAUGGGCAAUGCCUGCUGGGAGCUGUACUGCCUGGAGCAUGGCAUCCAGGCUGAUGGCACCAUUCCUGCCUCCAAGCAGCUGAAAUCCAUGGAUCCCAACUCUGAGCAAGUGGAUUCCUCCUUUGAGACCUUCUUCUGUGAGACAGCAUCUGGCAAACACGUGCCCCGGGCAGUGUUCAUAGACCUGGAGCCCACAGUCAUUGAUGAGAUCAGGACUGGGACCUACCACGGGCUCUUCCACCCAGAGCAGCUCAUCAGUGGCAAGGAAGAUGCUGCCAACAACUACGCCCGUGGCCACUACACCAUCGGCAAGGAGAUCAUCGACACCGUGCUCAGCAGGAUCCGGAAAAUGGCUGACCAGUGCAGUGGGCUCCAAGGCUUCCUGGUGUUCCACAGCUUCGGAGGAGGCACCGGCUCCGGCUUCACCUCGCUGCUGAUGGAGCGGCUCUCCGUGGAGUACAGCAAGAAAUCCAAGCUGGAAUUCUCGGUGUACCCGGCCCCUCAGGUGUCCACAGCCGUGGUGGAGCCCUACAACUCCAUCCUGACCACCCACACCACGCUGGAGCACUCGGACUGCUCCUUCAUGGUGGACAACGAGGCCAUCUACGACAUCUGCCACCGCAACCUGGACAUCGAGCGCCCCACCUACACCAACCUCAACAGGCUGAUCGGGCAGAUCGUGUCCUCGGUCACGGCCUCGCUGCGCUUCAACGGCGCCCUCAACGUGGACCUGAUCGAGUUCCAGACCAACCUGGUGCCCUACCCGCGCAUCCACUUCCCGCUCACCACCUACGCGCCCAUCGUGUCGACCGAGAAGGCGUACCACGAGCAGCUCUCUGUGCCGGAGAUCACCAACGCCUGCUUCGAGUUCUCCAACCAGAUGGUCAAGUGCGACCCCCGCCGCGGCAAGUACAUGGCGUGCUGCCUGCUCUACCGCGGCGACGUGGUGCCCAAGGACGUCAACGCCGCCAUCGCCGCCAUCAAGACGCGCCGCUCCAUCCAGUUCGUGGAUUGGUGCCCCACUGGUUUCAAGGUGGGGAUCAACUACCAGCCGCCCACGGUGGUGCCAGGAGGGGACCUGGCCAAGGUGCAGAGGGCUGUGUGCAUGCUGAGCAACACCACGGCCAUCGCCGAGGCCUGGGCGCGCCUGGACCACAAGUUUGACCUGAUGUACGCCAAGCGCGCCUUCGUGCACUGGUACGUGGGGGAGGGCAUGGAGGAGGGGGAGUUCUCCGAGGCCAGGGAGGAUCUGGCAGCCCUGGAGAAGGAUUAUGAGGAGGUUGGAAGGGACUCAGCAGAUGGAGAGGAGGAGGAGGGUGAUGAGGAUGAGUAUUGACAAACUUGUGU